AUGAGUGUAAGCUAUGCGAUGAUGAUCGCCUCUCGAAUCGUGGGCGGCGUUGUAGGAGGGAGCGACGCAGCCAUGCGGGUCAUGGCCUCUGAAAUGGUGGACAAGGCGUCUGAGGCCAAAAUUUUCGCAUGGAUGAUGAUGUCCUAUCGAACAGGCCAGAUCCUGGGUCAACCUGUAGGCGGGGUUUUGGCGCACCCCGAGCGUGCAUUCCCCUCGCUCUUUGGAGGAGCGUUCUGGAGAGCGCACCCCUAUGCUCUCCCCUGCUUUGUCGGAGCCGCCUACGCCGCCUUCUUUGCCAUUGUCGGCGCUCUACGGAGUUUCAAAGAGCUGGUUCCUUCCAUCAGACGCUCAAGUCAAAAUCAAACACUCGAUGGUCUAGAUCUCAGGGAUUCUCGGUUCGUGGGUCAAGAUUAUAUUACGAUGGAUCCUUAUGAUUCUAAUGCAAGAGUCCUCUAG